UUAGAGGAAGAAGGGAGAGUCUUUGGGGAAACCUAGAAUUAUAGUUGAAGUUACCGAACAAAAGUAGUACUAUAAGUUUGGUUAGUUUCGUCUUCCGUUUGAAGCGCGGAAUUUACACCCAGCUGCGCCAAACAACACCCUCAUCUUCUUCCCAGUCUCUCUCUCUCUCUCUCCACUUUCUGCACUCUUCCAAGUUGUUGCUAUUCAGAUUCCAACAUUAACUAAGAAGAAAAACUGUGGUGAUAUAGAGAAAUGGAGACCGAGUUGGUAGAGUUGUUUGAGGCCGCCAAGAAGGCGGCAGACGCGGCCGCAGCAGAAGAUAGCGGCUCUGUCGAGGAGGAAAGUCGCUGCCUUGAAGCUUUGAAAGAGCUCAAGGACUUCCCUGUCAAUUAUCAGAUUCUUGUUUCCACCCAGGUCGGAAAGCGUCUAAGGCAUCUUACAAAACAUCCUAGAAAGAAGGUGCAGAGUGUUGCUGUGGAACUGAUUGAGAUAUGGAAAAAUAUAAUUAUUGAGGAGACGUCACAGAAGAAAAAUGGUACUUCUGUUGGUAAUAAUUCUUUUAAAGGCGAGGCUGUGAAUGCUGACAGCAGUAAAAAAGCAAUUGCUGUCAAGGUUGAAAAGAACUCAUGCGGAGAAAAUGUGAAAAUUGACCACCUUUCACCUAGACCGCAAAAGCUUGCUAAGACUGAAAGAGGUCCCGUGGAGAGGAAGUUCGAAAAUGGUAAUGCAGUGAAGAUUGAGAGUGGCAGUUCAGCAGAUCCUGUUAAGGUUGAGAGAACAGUAAAACAAGAGAAGCUGGGCUCCAGUGCUAAGAAACCAGCUGCUAAUGCUCCACCAAAGUUGAAUUCCAUGAUCCAGUGUGGUGAUCCUACACGUGAUAAGAUGCGAGAGCUUCUUUCAGAUGCUUUAUCCAAAGUUUCUAGUGAGGCAGACGAAGACAUGGAAGAUCACGUUGCUGCUUGUGAUCCAAUUAGAGUGGCUGUUUCAGUAGAGUCUGUUAUGUUUGAAAAGUGGGGUCGUUCUAAUGGUGCUCACAAGUUUAAAUAUCGAAGCAUUGUAUUUAACCUCAAGGAUCCAAACAAUCUGGAUUUUCGUAGGAAAGUUCUUUUAGGGGAUAUCAAGCCUGAAAGAAUCUGCAACUUGACAGCCGAAGAAAUGGCUAGUGAGCAAAGACGAUUAGAGAACAAGCAAAUUGAGCAGAAGGCUCUCUUUGACUGUCAGCGUGGUGGCCCGCCAAAGGCCACAACCGACCAAUUUAGAUGUGGUCGAUGUGGUCAGCGGAAAUGCACAUAUUACCAGCUGCAAACUCGAAGUGCUGAUGAACCCAUGACAACAUUUGUCACUUGUGUGAACUGCAACAAUCAUUGGAAGUUCUGCUGAUCUGAAUUCCAUGGGAAAAGGCUGGCAUUGACGAGCUGCUUGGCAUGAGGGGAAAUCGACCUUCUGGUUGAUAUCUCUUUGUUGCCUUUUCUUGUACAAGCAUUUUGUGGUGUUUGUGUAGUAGCCUGUUUACAGUUCCGCCAUCUCUGGAAUUUGAGAAAUGGAAUUGACAUAUUCUUCGUUUUUUACCAGUAUGUUAGCCAUUGUCUCUGAUCAGCUUAGAGGUAUUUGUAGUAUUUUAUUAGUGUUGUCACUUCAUUUUCUUGAGAGACAUUUCAAUUAGAUCGGCUCUAUUAGAGCUGUAAUUGUGUGAACAAUUAAUUACCUUUUAGUUGAACUUUAGAUUGUUUUCUUAA